CCGCGGGAAACGCCACCGUCGCUGCUACCGCUGGCCGCCCCCGCCGCGCCGGCCUGGGAUCGGGCUGCCACCGCCACCGCAACCGCCACCAGAGCCGGAGCGGGAGCCCGACCGCGCAGGGCUGGGCUGGGCUGGGGCGGCGGGGGGGGGGCGGGCACCGGGAGCAGGGGCGGGCGCGCGGGGAAGACGCACGGGCGGGUUCGGCUCUCCCGGGGACCGGCCCGGGACUGCACCCGGACGGGCGCCUCCCCGCUCCGCGCUGCCCUCGGCCUCACCCCGGGCCCGGGCGGAUGAGCCGCGCGCCUGGGGGACAUGGAAGCGCUGACGCUGUGGCUUCUCCCCUGGAUAUGCCAGUGCGUGUCGGUGCGGGCCGACUCCAUCAUCCACAUUGGUGCCAUCUUCGAGGAGAACGCGGCCAAGGACGAUAGGGUAUUCCAGCUGGCCGUAUCAGACCUGAGCCUCAAUGAUGAUAUCCUGCAGAGCGAGAAGAUCACCUACUCCAUCAAGGUCAUCGAGGCCAACAACCCGUUUCAGGCCGUGCAAGAAGCUUGUGACCUCAUGACCCAAGGGAUUUUGGCUUUGGUCACAUCCACUGGCUGUGCAUCUGCCAAUGCUCUGCAGUCCCUCACUGAUGCGAUGCACAUCCCGCACCUCUUUGUCCAGCGCAACCCUGGGGGUUCACCACGCACUGCCUGCCACCUGAACCCCAGUCCUGAUGGUGAGGCCUACACGCUGGCCUCAAGACCACCCGUGCGCCUCAACGAUGUCAUGCUCAGGCUGGUGACAGAACUGCGCUGGCAGAAGUUUGUCAUGUUCUACGACAGUGAGUAUGAUAUCCGUGGUCUCCAAAGCUUCCUGGACCAGGCCUCCCGGCUUGGCCUUGAUGUCUCUUUACAAAAGGUGGACAAGAACAUCAGCCAUGUGUUCACCAGCCUCUUCACCACGAUGAAGACAGAGGAGCUGAAUCGCUACCGGGACACACUGCGCCGUGCCAUUCUGCUGCUCAGCCCACAGGGGGCCCACUCCUUCAUCAACGAGGCUGUUGAGACCAACCUGGCUUCCAAGGACAGUCAUUGGGUCUUUGUCAAUGAGGAAAUCAGUGACCCGGAGAUUCUGGAUUUGGUCCACAGUGCCCUUGGCAGGAUGACCGUGGUCCGACAGAUCUUCCCGUCUGCCAAGGACAACCAGAAAUGCAUGAGGAACAACCACCGCAUCUCCUCCCUGCUCUGCGACCCCCAGGAGGGCUACCUCCAGAUGCUGCAGAUCUCCAACCUCUACCUGUAUGACAGUGUUCUGAUGCUGGCUAACGCCUUCCACAGGAAGCUGGAGGACCGGAAAUGGCACAGCAUGGCAAGCCUCAACUGCAUCCGCAAGUCCACCAAGCCAUGGAAUGGAGGGAGGUCUAUGCUGGACACAAUCAAAAAGGGCCACAUCACGGGCCUCACAGGGGUGAUGGAAUUUCGGGAGGAUAGUUCCAAUCCCUAUGUCCAGUUUGAAAUCCUCGGCACAACCUACAGUGAGACCUUUGGCAAAGACAUGCGUAAGCUGGCGACGUGGGACUCAGAGAAGGGCCUGAAUGGCAGCCUGCAAGAGAGGCCCAUGGGCAGCCGCCUCCAAGGACUGACUCUCAAAGUGGUGACUGUCUUGGAAGAACCUUUUGUGAUGGUGGCUGAGAACAUCCUUGGGCAGCCCAAGCGCUACAAAGGUUUCUCCAUAGAUGUCCUGGAUGCAUUAGCCAAGGCUCUGGGCUUCAAAUAUGAGAUUUACCAGGCCCCUGAUGGCAGGUAUGGUCACCAGCUCCAUAACACCUCCUGGAACGGGAUGAUUGGGGAGCUCAUCAGCAAGAGAGCAGAUUUGGCCAUCUCUGCCAUCACCAUCACCCCAGAGAGGGAGAGUGUUGUGGACUUCAGCAAGCGAUACAUGGACUACUCAGUGGGGAUCUUAAUAAAGAAGCCCGAGGAGAAAAUCAGCAUCUUCUCUCUUUUUGCUCCAUUUGAUUUUGCGGUCUGGGCCUGCAUUGCAGCAGCCAUCCCUGUGGUUGGUGUGCUGAUAUUUGUGUUGAACCGGAUACAGGCUGUGAGGACUCAGAAUGCAGCCCAGCCCCGGCCAUCUGCAUCUGCCACUUUACACAGUGCCAUUUGGAUCAUCUAUGGGGCCUUUGUACAGCAAGGUGGAGAAUCUUCAGUAAACUCCAUGGCCAUGCGUAUCGUGAUGGGAAGUUGGUGGCUCUUCACCCUCAUUGUGUGCUCCUCCUACACAGCCAAUCUUGCUGCCUUCCUCACAGUGUCUAGGAUGGACAACCCCAUAAGGACAUUCCAGGACCUGUCCAAACAAGUGGAGAUAUCUUAUGGCACCGUCCGGGACUCUGCUGUGUAUGAGUACUUCCGAGCCAAGGGUACCAACCCCCUGGAGCAGGACAGUACAUUUGCUGAGCUCUGGAGGACCAUCAGCAAGAAUGGAGGGGCUGACAACUGUGUGUCCAGUCCUUCAGAAGGCAUCAGGAAGGCAAAGAAGGGGAACUAUGCCUUUCUAUGGGAUGUAGCUGUGGUGGAGUAUGCGGCUCUGACUGACGACGACUGCUCUGUGACCGUCAUCAGCAACAGUGUCAGCAGCAAGGGCUACGGGAUUGCCCUGCAGCAUGGCAGCCCCUACAGGGACCUCUUCUCCCAGAGACUCCUGGAGCUACAAGACACCGGGGACCUGGAUGUGCUUAAGCAGAAGUGGUGGCCGCACACAGGCCGUUGUGACCUUAUCAGCCAUGCCAGUGCCCAGGCUGAUGGCAAGUCCCUCAAGCUGCACAGCUUUGCUGGUGUCUUCUGCAUCCUGGCUGUUGGCCUUCUCCUUGCCUGCCUGGUGGCUGCCCUAGAGUUGUGGUGGAGCAGCAACCGGUGCCACCAGGAGACUCCCAAAGAGGACAAAGAAGUGAAUCUGGAGCAGGUUCAUCGGCGUAUGAACAGUCUAAUGGAUGAAGACAUUGCCCACAAGCAGAUUUCCCCAGCAUCUAUUGAGCUCUCGGCCUUGGAGAUGGGGGGUCUGGCUCCCAGCCAGGCCUUGGAGCCAACACGCGAGUACCAGAACACCCAGCUCUCAGUCAGCACCUUCCUGCCUGAGCAAAGUAGCCACAGCACCAGCCGGACACUCUCAUCAGGGCCCAGCAGCAACCUGCCACUGCCACUGAGCAGUUCGGCCACCAUGCCCCCCAUGCAGUGCAAACACAGGUCGCCCAAUGGGGGGCUGUUCCGCCAGAGCCCAGUGAAGACCCCCAUCCCCAUGUCUUUCCAGCCUGUGCCUGGAGGCGUCCUUCCAGAGGCCUUGGACACCUCCCACGGCACCUCCAUCUGACUACGCCACCCGCCCUCCCACCCGCCCAUCUACCCACCUGACCAGCAGAGCUUUUUAAUACAAGGAACACAAACCACACACAGAGAGACUUUCAUUCUUCUUGUACAUACCUGUAAAUAAUGACAGAAUGGAGUGGGGUAAAAGUGUAUUUUGAAUAUUCCCAAUUUUCGAAGUCAGUAAAAAAAAACACAAAAACUGUAUGAAUGGCUUUGUAAAUUUUGUUCUAUAUGAAUAAAAAGGCAAAUUACUUGUGAUCAUUCUGAAGUGCCAAAGAAGCCCCCUGUCCCUGAGCCUUUCUGAGGGCAGGAGGGGUGAUCAGAUAAAGAGCCCCUUCCUGCUGGGAGAAGGGAAAGUGAGGAGCAGGUCCCUUUAGAGGAGCCCCAAAUGCUGCUUGCUGUUGUGUCCACGGUUUCCUCCCACUUUCCUCCACUCCUGACACCUUGUUCUGCUUUUAAUCCUCUUGGGUAGAUAAACAGCCUCGACCAGCAUUGGCCUGGUCCACUGUGACCCAGCCUGCUAUCGGAGGCUCCUAGGACAUGGGGCAGUCCCAUUGGUCACCCCACUGUGUGUCACAGUGUGCUGUGGGCCUAAGAGAAGUGCCCAUACUGACGUGAUGGUCUCUGAUGGCUUCGUGCUGACAUACUCUACUAUUGGCCUUGUUUUUUACUUUGUUUUCCUAAUUAGAAGAAUCAAGUGAUAGAAUACGAGAGAAGGGGGGCAGGCCCCAACAUUGCCUUGAAAAGGGCAGGACAGCGGUGGAUUUGGCCUGGUGAAAGGUUUGUAGUAUAAGGAAAUUCAAGGUAUGGUGGAUAGAUCAGGUGAGGUAGUGGGAGGAGAGGCCAGGUAAAGGGAGAACGUUCUGUUGGAUUUGGUACCCAUGGUCCCAGGUGAGAGAGAAAACUGUGGUCAUAGAUGCAAGGAGUAUAAGCUUUGUGGUUUCAGGUAAAAGGAUGCUGUUAGAGUGGAGGGAGAGCCGUAGGUAAGCAUACUAAUGCUCUAGUGGAUGGCAAGCUGGGAAUGAUGAAAUGGACCAUGUGCAUUCAGGUGGGAAGGAGCCUUGGCUCUUAGAGAAGGGACAGCAUAACUUUAUGCAAUGUGAGGACAAUUAACUCUCAUCUGCCAGGGAAGUAGAUCUCCAAAAUAAAAGGAUGUCUCUGAAUUUGAACCCUGAAGAUAGUCUGCCAAACAGACCCAGGACCCAACAUGCAUCCUCAUUCCCUGCUUUGCCAUCUCUCUUGAACUCCAGAAGCCUACAAGCCAUGAUACAGUUCUUAGCAGGGGCCCUCCUGGCUGAGAACAUCUUAUAGUCUCUGAGAUUCCCAGGCUUAUCGCUGAGCUGGUGAAACUGCUGGGAAACUCUGCUUCUUAAAGUUAGGGUAACCCGGCAGUCUGCUUCCCUCUAUUGCCCUUUCUGGGACAAUUAAACUGUAGAAUCAGAGAAAACACCACUAGGAGCAGAGUAAGUUGAGUGAUCUUAGCUGUAUCACUUCAUUUCUUCUCCUCUUACAGACUAAGAUAAUUCUGUUCUCCUCCCCUGCCAGAAUGGUGCAUGCAGCCUACAGCUGGCACUGAGAGGUAGGGCUCCCUCUCCAGCAGGAAUCAGGAAGAUGAGAUCCUGGGUCUGUGGUCAUGGAGAAAUAUAAAGUCCUAUUGAUUGCCUUUCCAAUAGCCUUGUAGAGUUACUCCAGAGAUGUAUUUAUGAGGGUGAUAACUAGUCUAGGAUUGAUUUCUUCCCUGAAGUCCUGAAUGGCAUGAUUGAGCAGUAAGGAAUGGCUGCAUCACAAAGUCAGCUGAAAGCACCCUGGGAAAGAGAGUGUUUAUAAUUAUUCUAUUUAUCUCUGGAUGCUAAGAAUGGCCUGAUAUCAGUGCUACUAGGAGAUGCACUGACUGACAUUUCUCCAAUCAGAGUGAGUAAACCAGAAGCUGGGUGCAUGCUCACGGUGAUGUCCAGGUGAGUGGUUGUUACACUGAGGAAGAUAAGGCUCCAUUUUCUUUCCAUCAGCACUUGGGGGGGCUCUGCCCUGGAUGGUCAUUUUUCAUAUAAUCUAUUUUUUAAAUCAAAUUGUCUCAUUGCCUUAUCUCACACCCAAGUCUGUUUUUCUCCCAAGAUGACCUGUCUUUGGGGAAUAUCAUGGAUGUUUUCUUGGACAGUGUUGCUAAGAAUGGGUGUCAGGGAGAGGAGGGAGAUGACACACGUCGUGUGUGUGUGUGUGUGUGUGAGAGAGAGAGAGAGAGAGAGAGAGAGAGCACAAGCGCGUCCUCAUGCUGUGACCCUUCACCAUGUUUAUGUUAUUUUAAAAAAUUUCCUAAUCUUGGCAUGAGGGAAAAUGAUUAAUAUUCAAGCAAGUUCUCUAGAAAAAAAUCUUCCCAACUCAGAUUCUGUCUCAGCUCAGAAUGUAUCAUUUUUUCAUGCUUUGCUCUUUGGAUUUAUAACUCUGUUUAGACUAUUCUAUACACUAUAGGUAUAUUUUGUGCCUUCAGACACUGCAAAUAAUAAUUAGCAUUUGGAUUAAAGUUGUUUAAUAAUAAAACUUGACUUUGUUCCCUA